AUGGCUGGGUCAAAUUCUUCGAUUUCGCCCUCACCCUCGCAGUUAGGAAGUCCAAGCCGCACUUCUUCGACCCCGGCCAAGACGUAUACCAUAUCUGUAGGGAAUGGAGAUCAUAAGUUCAGACCGGAUGUUACGCAAGCGGAAAUUGGAUCUAUCGUCGAGUUUGACUUUUACCCUCAAAAUCAUUCUGUCGUGCGCGCGGAAUAUGAAUACCCGUGUAUACCAUUUGAAAUGGUUGGGAAAGCUAAAGUGGGAUUCUUUUCAGGGUUUCAUCCGGUGGAUUCGGUGUUGACGGAUCCUCCAAAAUGGCGGAUCCAGAUCAACGACUCGAGUCCGAUAUUCUUCUACUGCAGUGCGCCGAACGCCUGUAUUCAAUUUGGGAUGAACUCCUCGACCUCCUUAUCUCACCAACGCGACUUGGCCCAGAAUUCGGCCUUCAUGCUCAACCCCGGCGACCAGUUCCCUAGUGAAGCCUCACCCACCUCAUCUUCUUUGUCCCUCCCAACUGUUCACUCCUCAACCGGCACCUCGCUUCCUGCACUACCCAAGAAAUCCGCGCUGUCAACCGGCGCUAUCGCUGGAAUCACCGUUGCGGCUGUUAGCGUGAUUCUCCUAGGCGCUCUCCUCUUCUUCUUCAUAGGACGAAGCCGGACAUUAAAAGAGGAGAUGAGACGCGAGAGUAGCACGAGAAGACCCCGCAGUCCUCUAAGCCCGAGUUUGAUGUUCCAACACCAAUACGGCAAGCACCCACUCUCGGCAUUGCCGCCAGCAUAUUUUGCUGUUUCUCCGGGCGUCCAAGAUGGACAUGGCGCCGGGGAGCGAGAUGAGGAUGGUAUUCUAAGACUGAAUUCUUCAAGGAAUGCAGGAAAUAGUUUGGAGAGGUCUGUGAGUCAUAGGAGUGUUGGGGGCGUGUUUGAUGUCAGUCCUACGGGCCAUUUUACAAGGUUGUAUGAAGACGAGGGGUUGCAGACAGUAGAGCAGGAUAAGCGAAUGGGGAGGGGUGGAGCGAGAGUGAAUUGGGCAAAGGAAGUUCCUUUAGGUCCGUAUGGGAGGCAGUGGGCUGCUGCGCGCAAUGGACCCCUCCCAACUGGAGUGCCAGCAUCCACGAAUGACGGAGAACCAGUGGAAAUUGAUGGGGUGGAGAUGCCGCAGAAGUUGUAA